GCCUCUUCCAUCGCUUCUCUCACUUUUCCGGCGGUUUUUCGCUUUUAAAGUCGCAACCUUUCUCUUAAAUCUAAAGUUAGGUUUCCCGGAAACUCGUUUUCAUGGUUAGAAUCUUGACGUUGAAGGUAAGAUGCUAUGGAGAUCCAACUGGGUAAAACAGAGAAGGAAACUCAUUAACACACUCUGUUUCUCUUCGCUCCACACUCACUUCUCACCGAAACCAAACCAAAUCAACGAACUUUCUCAACAACGAGCUUCUCCAAAACCACCACUCACACACGAAGACGUCUACUCUCGUUUACAAGAAUCCACUCCCGAUCUAAAAACCCUAACUUUCUCCCUCUCCUGCGCGAAACAGAACAACUACUUCCACGAUGACAGAGCGUUUAACCACAUGGUUAAUGUUGUCGUGAGACUAACUCACCAACACAAGAGCAUUGACCGAGUCAUAGAGGUGUUGAUAGUAAACGGUUGUGUAAUAAAGCCUCGAGUUUUAUUGUUACUGCUUGAAAUAUUAUGGCGUGGUCAUGUGUAUGAUAAGGCUAUAGAGGUUUAUAAAGGCAUGAGUAGAUUUGGUUACGUGCCCAACACACGUGCCAUGAAUAUGAUGAUGGAUGUUCUUUUCAAAGCCAAUCUUGUUGACCGAGCUUUGGAAGUUUUUGAAGGGAUAGGUGUUAGGAACUUCUUUAGUUUCGAUAUUGCUUUACCUCACUUGUGUAGUGGAAAAGAUUUGGUUAGGGUUAAAGUAGUUUUGAAGAUGAUGAUUAGAGAAGGUUUUUAUCCUAACGGUGAGAGGUUUGGUCAGGUUCUUGGAGUGUUUUGUGGGAGAGGUUGUGUUGCUGAAGGGUUUCAAGUUGUUGGGUUGAUGAUAAGUAGUGGAGUCUCUGUGUCUGUUAAUGUGUGGAGCAUGUUGGUUAGUGGGUUUUUCCGUUCAGGAGAGCCGAGAAAGGCGGUUGAUCUGUUCAACAAGAUGGGUUGUGAACCGAAUCUAGUGACGUAUACUAGUUUGAUCAAAGGGUUUAUGGAUUAUGGAAUGGUUGAUGAAGCGUUUAGUGCGGUGAGGAUAGUGCAAUCUAAAGGUUUAGCUCCAGAUAUUGUUCUAGUGAAUGUGAUGAUACAUACAUUCACAAGACUCGGAAGAUUCCAAGAAGCGCGUAACGUUUUUCUCAAUAGUUUAAAGAAAGGAGAACUUGUGGCGGAUCAGUAUACUUUUGCAACAAUACUCUCUAGUCUAUGCGUCUCUAGAGACUUUGAUCUCGGUAUCACCAUUGGUACUGAGACAGAGUUGGAUCUAGUUAUGGGAAACUCGCUCAUAAACUAUCUUUGCAAGGUUGGUAACACUUUGGCAGCGUUGAAAGUGUUCCGCGACAUGUCUAACAAAGAUUUAGCUUUGGAUUGUUAUACAUACACUGGCUUUCUUACUGCGCUUUGUCAAGGAGAAGCGCCUCGUGACGCCUUAAACAUGUACUACGAGAUCAUAAAGAGGAAGAAGAACAUCUCCCUCGAUGCUCAUUUUCAUACUGUGAUGAUAGAUAGUCUUGUGGAGCUUGGUGAGUACAGUACUGCCAUCCGUUUGUUUAACAGAUGUAUCUUGGAGAAACAUGAGUUAGAUGUUGUGUCGUAUACGGUAGCGGUUAAGGGACUUGUGCGUGGGAGAAGAAUAGAGGAAGCUUGUUCUCUUUUGUCCAAGAUGAAAGAAGAUGGAGUUAUGCCGAAUAGACGGACUUAUAGAACUAUUAUCUCUGGUUUGUGUGAGGAGAAGGACAAAGAUAGGUUGAAAAAAGUUGUUUGGGAAUGCAUUGAGGAGGGCGUUGAGUUGGAUCCUAAUACUAAGUUUAAAGUGUUGUGUUUCUUAUCUCGUUAUCCAAAAGAUUGUUAUGAGUUUAGAUCAGUUUUUGAGAAAUGGAAGGAGGACGUUGAUGUUUCUAAUUCAUACAAUGAGUUAUCUAUUUCUACUGGAUGA